UAAACCCCUUCUUCUUCUACCCCCUUUAAAACAACCCAAAACACAAAAACGCUUUUCUCCUUCCUUCCUUUCCCUCCCUCCAUUGUUAUAUAUUCUCCCAUGCUUUUUAGAGAGAGAAACUCUUCAUCUUUUUUUAGAGAGAGAAACUCUUCAUCUUUUUUUAGAGAGAGAAACUCUUCAUCUUUUUUUAGAGAGAGAAACUCCCUCCUUCCUUAACCUUCGUCAAUGGCGGACGAUAACCCACCAACCGACGAACCCCCCACCACAAACACAAAAACAACCGCCAUUGAUGAAGAUGACUUAGAGCUUAGCCUCUCUCUUCGCCCUCUCAAUUACUCCUCUUCUUCUCCACCUUCAUCUCUCCUUCCUAAGAAUGUUCUCGAACCUUCCUUUGUUUCCGCCCCCAACGCUCAGAUCCUCUCCAAGCGUGACGCGCAAGCUCUCCGCCGCCAUGAAGCCAAGCUAAAGCGUGACUUGAAACGUAAGUCCUCCGCUAAAAACGACGUCGUUGUUGGUAAUCAUCAACAGGAGGAUUUUCUGGAGGAACGUCGUCGGAAACUUCUGAAUUUAGGGUUUCAAGGAGCGACGCCGCCGUGGUUAGGGUGGAAUGCUGGUGUUUAUCAAGGGCAAAACGGUAAUUUCGCUUCUCAGAAUGACGGUGCCGGUUCCGGCGCCGGCGGUUCUAUGUCUAGCGGUAGCUCUUCUGGAAUUUCUGAUAAUUACCAGUGUAUUUCUGGCACAGGUGGAAAUAGCAGUGACGCUGGCAGUCAUUCAAGCCAUCCUCACUCGCCAUUGGCCCCAACAAAUGCUCCGGCAACUAGUACUACUGCGCAACUACAACCUUGUUCAUCACAACCAGAACUUCAAAUUAACUGUUCUAAUUCAAACGUCUCAAAACCCCCAUUGUGCAGCUCAUACUCGAACAAGAUUGAACUCGUUACGGGCUCAAGACAACUCUCUAAGUCACAAGAAAAACUGAAUAUGAUUUGCCAACAAAAUGAAGCGCAACCUAACAUUGAUGAUACAUUGUCAGAUGAUAAUAACAAAACAACUCGAACCACAAUUCCCAAAGAAGCCAAAGGUGAAAUUGGGAAGCCUCCAAAGCCCGUUGGGGUAAUAGACCAGCAGAAACUGAUGUUUUCUCAAAUGCCUUGUGUUUCAACCACCGGAAAUGGACCCAAUGGAAAGACAUUAACUGGGUUUUUGUAUAAAUAUUCAAAGGCUGAGGUGAGCAUUAUAUGUGUUUGCCAUGGAGCAUCAUUCUCCCCAGCUGGUUUCGUGGAGCAUGCUGGAGGUGUAGAUGUAGAAUACCCUCUCAAGCAUAUUAGAGUGGUUCCUUUUGCCCUUGGUUGACACCCUGAGCUAACCUAAUGAGCUGUUGAGUGUUGCUAAAUUGAAGUAAGAUCGAGAUCGUAAGACUCCUUCUGUUAGUUUUUUUAAGUAGUACAGGCAACCUUUCUUUUUGUAGCAUUACAGGGUAUAGAUAGGAAAUUCUUUGUUCUGAAGGUUGAACUUUUUUUAUCUAACUGAAUUAGUACAUUGGAUGUUAAUUAUAAUAUUAUACUUUUCUGUAAUGUUUAUUAUGAAUUCAAUUAA